ACUUUCAUUUAAUAGUAAAUAAAUAACACCUUUAGGAUAAUUGUAAAAAGAUAAUGGAAGUUAUAAGUUUCAGUAUUUCAUUAUUGUUGAUAACUAUGGUAUCGUCUAAUCCUUUGAAAAAAGCACUUGCUCCUAAGUUACCUGAAGAAUCUAUGAGUGUAAUUGAAAUAAUAAAAUACUAUGGUUAUCCAAGUGAAACCCACCAAGUAAAAACUGAAGAUGGAUAUAUUUUAACACUUCAUCGUAUUCCUCAUGGUUUAUUAAAAUCAAGCAAUGGGCAAGCAGUAUUUUUGCAACACGGAAUUCUUGAUUCUUCCGCUACUUACUUAAUGAAUCCACCACAUCAAAGUCUUGGAUUUAUUUUGGCAGAUGCAGGAUACGAUGUUUGGCUUGGAAACAGCAGAGGAAAUACUUACUCAUCAGAGCAUAUCAAGUUUACAACUAAAGACAAAGAAUUUUGGGAUUUUAGUUUUGAUGAAAUGGCCAAGUAUGACCUUCCUGCAUCAAUAGAUUAUGUAUUGGAGACCAGUAAUAAAUCAGAUUUGUAUUAUGUUGGACAUUCUCAAGGUACUUCAAUUGGUUUUAUUGCGUUUGGAGAGAACAAAGAACUAGCAAAAAAAAUUAGAACUUUUAUUGCAUUAGCACCUGUGGCAACAGUUGGUUAUAUUAAAGGUGCUAUCAAGGCAGUUUCUGUUUUUGCACCAGAACUUGAGAUGUUUAUAGAUUUAUUUGGAAUUUAUGAUUUCCUUCCGUCAACACCUUUUGUACAUUAUCUUGGUGAAUAUGUUUGUGGUUUGUGGAAAGUGAAUGAGGAAGUAUGCAGUUCUUUAGCUUUUCUAAUUGCUGGAUAUGACACUACAAAUUUAAAUGAAACAAGAGUUCCAGUUUAUUUGACACACCUUCCUGCUGGAACGUCAUCUAAAGAUAUGAUUCAUUUUGCUCAGAUGGUAAAAAGUGGAAAGUUUCAAAAAUUUGACUACGGAAAAUCAGAAAACAUCAAGCGAUACAAUCAGGAAUAUGCGCCAUCAUAUAAUGUUAGUAAGGUUGAAGUUCCUGUUGCUCUAUACACAGGGUCCAAUGAUUGGUUAGCCGACCCUACCGAUGUUAAUACUAAUCUAAAACCUUUUCUCUCUAACGUAAUACUUCAUAAAAAUAUUGAUGCUUGGAAUCACCUGGAUUUUGUUUGGGGUAUAAAUGCCAAAAAUAUGAUCUAUUUAGACAUAAUCGAAGUUAUGAACAAAAUGAAAAAAAUGUAAUCAUUCUAAAUUAUCGAAAGGGGUUAAAAAUUGUAAGAACGAAAAAAAAUAGCGAGAUUCGAUUUGAAAUAUUUUUUUGGAAAUUCGUUUAAACAAUUCAGAAAAUCGUAGUUUUGUAUUUUAAAAAUUAAAGCUUAUUUAAUCUUAUAUUUCUUUCAUUUUCUCAAAACAGCGACUUUGCAAAUGGAUCUUUUUUUGCAUAUAUAAAAUAAUAUUUUCCGAAGUAUUAUUAUUUUUUUUCUUUUUUUUUUCUUUAUGUGGUUAUGUCCACUGGUUUAAGCUAAAAGAUUAUUUUUUAUCUUUUCAAUUAUAUUUCUUGAUUUUAUUAAAUUAUGUUAAAUAUUUUAACUUUAGGAAACAAUUUAUUUUUAAUUUACUGUUUAUGUAUUGGUUUUAAUGUUUAUAUGUUAUGGGUUUUAUUUAAGGAGCAAUUUUUCACAUUUAUUAUGCAGAACAUUUGUUACUCAGAAUGUGAUUAUAUUUUAAUCUCAAGUAAAAUUAAUAAAAUAUAAUGAUAUUUUUAA